CACACAUCCAGCCGCGUCUGUGACAGGAGCGGUCCGGCAGCGGGCUCUGCGAGUGCACGUGCUGUGCGACGGCCGACUACAUCUUCGCGCCCGCCUUCUUCAUCUGCUCCCGCGCCGCUCACCGUCGCUGCCCUGUGCUGGAUUACGUGAAAGACUCGGACGCUUUUUGUCAGAGACGGUGUGUUGUGUGUGUGUGAACACAAGACUUGUUAUGAUCGUGGGUGUGUGGUGUCCUCUGCGAGUUCAUCAUUGAUCCGCGACCUGCGGCUGGGCCAUGAGAUCAGCGCGAGACUUCAGGACGUGAACUAAGGCGAUGCUGGACCUGCAGCCUGCGUGGCCGUAGACCCGUCUUUCGUCGUCUGUAAGAGAAGACGUUAUUGUGGCAAUUAUGCAAGAUAUGGCAACAAUGCAGCAACAUUCAAUCACAUCUCCGGCCCCGGCUACAACGAUAUCGAACACUCAAGUCACUUUCUUUACUGUGAAGCCAAUCCCCGCCCGUUGCGUCCGACCAUCCGGGGCGGAGCGCGAUUUCGUUGCGCAGGUGGGCGUUGGUUGCCGCGCGGGGCGCGCAGACGCGGCGAUCGAUCGGGGCACCUUGCGCACCCCCCCCCCUUCUCCACCUCAGCCUGCGCGCGUGCGCCCGGCCCCUCCCUCUUAUCUCACCGCAAAGGGAAGCGCCCCGCGGGAGCCCCUGGUUCGCGACCGCGUGCAUCUUCCUUCCGAUGUCUGGCUGACCCAUCUGCGGCUCCGUAUCCUCGCCGUGCCACCGACAAACAGGAAGGCGUCCACCGCACUCGCGGAGCGCCGUUGA